AUGAGCCAGAUGCAGAGACACAGUCAUGAAUAUCGAAGAGCCAUAGGUACAUUGCUGUAUGUUGCAAAUGGGACAAGACCUGACUUGAGUUUCGAUGUCAGUUAUCUCAGUCAUUUCUUGGCCAACCCCAAGAGAAAGCAGACGGCUGCAGUGAAAUAUCUGAUAAAGUACCUAAACCACAGCCAUGACUAUUGCAUAGUAUUUAGGAAGAGUAGGAAGGAGGCAUUGAUUUUUUCUGAUGCUGACUUUGCCAACAACAAGGUGGACAGAAAAUCGUCCAGUGGACUGGUGGUGUGUAUUGCCGGAGGACCUGUGGAGUGGAGAUGUAAGAAGCAGACGGUAGUUGCUACGCCCUCACAACAGGCGGAGUACAUUGCUAUGGCUAUUGCUAUGCAAGAAGCACUGUGGCUAUGUGAUAUAUUAAGGGAGAUCAAUGCAAGUGAUCUUUACAUGGUGCUAUGCAUCCUUACUGACAGUACAGCAGCAAUCAACCUUGCAGAGAAGGACAUUGUCAAUGAUAAUUCCAAGGCUGUGGAUGUGAAGUAUCACUGCAUGAAGGAUGUGGUAAAGAAGGGGUUGGUCAAGUUGCAAUAUGUGGCAUCUCAUGACAAUCUAGCCUACCUUCUAACCAAGGGUUUGACUGGGAGGAAAACACAGGAGUUGUGUGCAAGAAUUGGACUUAUCAUUCCUUAA